UUUCUCAAGAUCUAAUGCCUGUGCCACAAGUGUAUCGAUCAUCGUCCGCCGAUGAUGAUUAUGGAUGUGGACAUUCCACAGAUAUGCUGUUUCCAGACGAAAUUCCAGAUCUUUCUGUGUCAAUUCGAAAUCAACAUGACCAGAUCCAGUGUUUAAUUGAUAAUCUGGCGCAAGAAUAUCAGAACACAUUAUUUCCACCAGCGUCUGCGAUAGACCUGUCAUCAAAUGUGGCACCGUUCGUUGUAUAUCCAAGUAAUUCUGAGCACGAACAGGAUAGCAGACAGGAAAAUGAACCCCCCCCCUUUAUUCCCUGAAUAUCGACCACAGCUGAGUAAAUUCUAGAAGCAACCUUUUUGAGAGUUUCUUGACUCCUGCAUAGUUCUAGAAGAUUUUAAAGAGUUUGUCAGGCAGGAUAGCAAUGAGAAACAUUUUGAUGAACAAUAAUUGCCGUAAAAGAAGCUUUGAUGAUCUUGAUGACG